UCUGCUGCUGCUGCUGCUGCCGCCGCUGCCAUGGGGGAGAAAGUGGUCCCGCGCCGGGAGGAGUGCAGGGAAGGUGAGGUGUUUCCUUUGAUUUGCCCCAACUCUCAACAUGCCUGGUGUCAGAUCCUCAACAUAUCAGAACUCCAAGCCUCCUUUUUUGCCUAUUCUGGCAGAUACCCCAAUGAAACAGAGCUGAGUGUUUCCACACCCACAGGAAGCAAGUACAGUUUAUACGCAGGUGUGGCUUUAGCCAUUGGGUCCAGCAUCUUUGUUGGUUCCAGCUUUAUACUGAAAAAGAAGGGCCUUUUGCAGUUGGCUGAAAAAGGAUACACUAGAGCAGGACAGGGUGGGUAUUCUUACCUGAAGGAAUGGCUGUGGUGGGCAGGGCUGCUUUCAAUGGGAAUUGGAGAAGCAGCGAACUUUGCCGCCUAUGCCUUUGCACCAGCAACUUUGGUAACUCCUCUGGGUGCACUUAGUGUACUUAUAAGUGCAAUACUCUCCUCCUAUUUUUUGAACGAAAAGCUCAAUAUCCAUGGGAAAUUAGGCUGCAUCUUAAGCAUCUUGGGGUCUACGGUGAUGGUGAUUCAUGCUCCUGAAGAGGAGCUAGUGACAUCAUUAGAUGAUAUGGAAACAAAGCUAAAAGAUCCAGUGUUCAUUGCCUUUGCUGUUGUUAUAAUUGUGAUCUCACUGGUGCUCAUUUUAGUAGUUGCUCCAAGGUAUGGUCAGACAAAUAUUCUGGUCUAUAUCUCCAUUUGUUCAGUGAUUGGUGCUUUCUCCGUCUCUUCUGUCAAGGGAUUGGGUAUUGCUAUUAAAGAUAUACUAUAUCAGAAGCCAGUUUUCCGAAAUCCACUGGUUUAUAUUUUGGCUCUGGCUUUGGUGCUGUCCGUCAGUACUCAGAUUAACUACCUCAACAAAUCAUUGGAUGUGUUCAAUACAUCUCUUGUGACACCCAUUUACUAUGUGUGCUUCACAACCACAGUGGUGAUCUGCUCUGUCAUCCUCUUCAAGGAAUGGAACAGCAUGGAGCUUGGGGAUAUCAUUGGGACACUGAGUGGAUUCUUCACCAUAAUUAUUGGCAUUUUCUUUCUGCAUGCUUUCAAAAAUGUCACAAUCAACUGGAGCCAGCUGACCUCUUCUUGUAAAAGAGACUCCCUCGUGCCUCUCCAUGGUUAUGAGGCUCAUCAAACUUUACUGGAGAACAUGGAGUCCUCAGCCUUGACAGGUGAUGAGGAUAAUACCCUGUUCAGUCGAGGGAAGGAGCUAGGAGAUCACCAUUGAGUCAACCAAUCUGACUGAACAGUUAACUAGAGUGAAAGCCAUCUUCAGAAAACAUAUCACCAUUCCCCCAGGAGAGAGAAAACAGGCGCUAUAAUGUUUACUCUUGGAACAGAAAAGGAAAUGUGAAGAUAAUGUUCCUAUUUAUUCCCAUCUUUGGCAGCACGUGAACUUCAGAGACAAUUGUGAUGCUGUCUGAAGAACUGAUACUUGCUGAAUGAUAGCAUUAUAUAUGGAGAUGUAGUGUAUUUUCAUAAAUAGCACUUUAUAAUUCUACUGUAUUUUUAGAAAGUCACUUGGUUUACAACUGACUUGGUAAAGGUAUCUGUGUGUGGAAAAUCAUGACCUUCCCUAAGGCUGUCAGCUUACUAUAGUUUUUUGAUAUCACUUCAAAGUUUUUCAGCUAGCAAAUGCCCGUAAGAAAAAUUUUCUAGCAACAAACAAAAUGAUUUUUAAAAAUUCAUUUAAAAAGAGAUCUUUCAUAUGGUAGUUAGCACUGAAAUAUCUUGUAAGUAAUGGAUUGCAUUCAGACUAAGUCAGAAUUUCCCAUCAUGCAGUACCUGAUUUCCUCUAAGAUUAAAAUAAAAAUUGUUGGUAUACAAUAUGGUAGAUCAGCCUCAGGAUGAUAUUUUUGAUUUACAUUUUUGCUUGUUUUACAUUUUUACUGUAACUUUAAAACUACAGUACUUAUUUAGUUCAGAUAGCUUUUUUGUAAAUGUGUAAUUCGUUGUGAGAAAAAGCUUCCACCAGAGUUAUUCUCAUUGGCUAUUCAAAUCCUUCUAUAAUAAUUUCCUUCCAAAUCUGUGUUUAGUCUAUUGCAGGUCAACCUGUUCUUGUUCUUCUUUGCUCCGCUGAAAUGACUCAUGUUUAUUUCAGUGAGGUUUUUCAUACAAUAGUUUGAUACAUUCUGUCAGCAGUGGAGGGAAUGUGUGACCUUUUGGAUAUUACUAGACUGCCAUUCUUAUCAGUGCUGCCCAACAUGACCACUGAAAUGGCAGGAAUUGUAGCCCCACAGAAUUUGGGUGAACACAUGUUCCUCAUUCCUGAAUUACAAAACUGAUGUAAUUUGCAGCUGACUUCCAUUAUCUUUGGUUGCCUGCUUUAUUGAGUUGGAUAUCAAAAGAGGAGGGGUGAUUGGAGUCCCCCCCAUGGGCCUAACAUAAUUCUCCCAGCUAAGUAUCCAAUGCAAAAUGUAAUCCCCCCCCCCCCCCGGUAUUAAUUCCAGAAGCAUAUGAGGAUAUUCACCCAAUCUCUGUGUGAAAGAAAAUGUUUAUGUUGGAAUUACUAGUAUGUUCCUGAAAAGCUAGCAUGGUUGUGGGUGCAUUUGUAGCUUCCUCCCAGUGUGUAAAACAUGUUUGGUAUUACACUUACUUGUUUCACCCAGUGUUUCUUCAUGUUAGGGAUGGCAUUUGUCCAUUAUAGAAACUUGGGCAAGUAAGAGAGUUAAAAGUAUCUAAUCACUUCAGGAAAUAUUUUGCUUCCAUUGUAGUUACCCAGCACUGAUAUCCAGUAUGAAAUGAUCAAACAUGCUUCAUUAAAAGUCCUACCAGAGAAGUGUGUGCAGGAAAACCUUGUGUCCUUCAGGAAAUAAUUUCUUCUUUCUGUGUACACCUGCUUUUUGACUCAGUGUAUUGGAAUUAAACUUUUUAAAAAAACAACAACCAAAAACCUUUUCUGACAGAAGACCAUUAAA